AUGGAUGACAUUUCUUACAGCCUGAUUCAAUGAGUAAGUUUUACACAGCUUAACAAAAUGAAUUUAAGCCAUCAAUGUCAAAAACUUUCAGAGCUAUCGGAUGGUAUCUUGCUUUACGAGCUAAUGGCAAAACUGUAAAAUUUAUGAAGGUCACCAGAUUAUUUUGACAUAGACAGCAUAACGCUUGAUGCCCAUGAUAACUGAGCUCUAAAACUUGCUAAUCUUCGAAGGCUUAAAAAAGCGAUUGAUUCUUACCUUGACCAAAUCCUCCAAACACCUCACGAUCGAUUUGGAGAAAUAGAUUUUGCUAAUAUCGCAAGAAAAGAUUCUAUAAGUGAUCUAGUAAAUCUAAUGGAAUUAAUUGUUUUUACUAUCCUCAAAUCUCCACAAAAAGAAAACUUUAUCCAUCCUAUAAUGACACUUGAUGAAAAAUGCCAAACGCAGCUUAUGUUUUUUAUCCAAAAAAUCUUACUCCUUAUUGAUUAGUUGACAACAACCUUUUUUUGGGAAAAUUAGCAUGUUGAGAGUUAUCAGAAAAUUUGAAUAUUUUUUUGGAAUAAAUAUAUUUUAAUAUAUAAUUGAUUAUUAUAAUAAUAAUUAGUCUCAAGCAAACUAUAUAAAAUUUUAUGUAUUAUAUGCUUUUUAAAACAUAAAUUUUAUGCAGCAUGUGCUUUAAAAUAUAAAUUUUAUGCAGCUGUGCUUUAAAGCAUAAAUUUUAUUUUUUAAUAUCAAAUAUUUACAAAUUCGGAUUGAAAAUUUUUAAUGUAUAAUUUUAAUUAAAAAAAUAACCCCUCCGCUAGUGAGCGAAAAUAUUGCUCUCUAAUCAAAGGAGGAGCUAGGAAAUGACUUGUCAUCAAACCCUCCACCUCCUCCAGAAACUGAAAGACAAGAAGUCCAUAUCUUAAGGCACGAAAAAAAGAGAUUAACUUAUAAAAUCCAGGCUAUGCAAGAAGAGCUAUCAAAGCUUGCCUCUCAGCAUACAGAAAUUGCCAGUGAAAGAGACGAGUUAAAAGUAAUGAACACAAAUUUAGAAAGCGAGCUUGUCAAAAAAUCGCCUUCAAUUUUGUCACCAGAUAUCACUUUUGUAGAGCUGGAAUCAAAAAUAAGCGAAAAAGAAGGAAAACUUACAGUAAUACAAGAAGAGCUCAAAGAAACUAAAAAAAAAUAUGAAAACGAAAUAGCAAGAUUAAGGGACGAAGUUGAUAUUGCAGAUUCUAAUAAUAUACGUUUGCAACAAGCUGAAAAAUCUUUACAGCAAUAUAAAAAGAAAUGCGAAAAUAUGGUAAAUGCAUCAAAAAAGCUUUCAGAAGUGUCAAAACAGAAUGAUUAUUUGCAAAAAAAGAUAAAUUCGAUGGAAGAAGAAAUAAAUGAUUUUAAUAAGAUCUCCAAGGCAGCUGGAUAUUUAAAAGAACAAUUAGGGCAUGAAAAAGAAAAAAGCGAGUCCCUUUCUUUUGCAAAUGAAAAUAAAGAUAAACAAAUAAAGCAACUUACAAAGCAGAUAAAUGAAUUAGAAGAAAAAUUGAUUUUUGCAGAAAAUAAAGUGCAAGAAUUAGUAAAAGGGGCUGAAAAUGGAUCAAAUGUGAGUGAUGAUUCAUUCGGCUAUCAUAAAGUUAUUGGAGGAUUGGGUGAAGAAUCGAAUGAGCUGUCAAAAAAUGAGCAUAAAAAAGAAAAUAAAUUCGAUUUGCAUAGAUCAAGCUCGAUGCGGCCACCUUUUGAGCAUCUUGAUUUAUUAGCAAAAGAAAAAAUUAUUAUUCAAGAAAAAUGUGAAAAAUACAAAAUUAAAUGCAAGUCUAAAAGUGAAGGCUUAAAAAUGCUCCAGGAAGAUUUCAGUUCUUAUCGGCUUGAAAAAGAAAAGACGAUCCUUGAUCUUAAAGAAAAAGCAAGAAUUCUUAAAAUGCAAGGAGACACUUUGAGGGAAUCUUUAGCAAAUGGGCUAACAGAUAAAGUAAAGAUGGAGCAAUUACAGUAUGAAUAUGAAAAAUUAAAAACUUCGAAAGAAGGCUUUCUGCAAGAAAUUAAAAAACUUCACGAGGAGAAAGAUCUUAUGUACAGACACUUCAUUGAGUGCAGGGAAGAAACAAUUGUACUGCAAAAUGCAAGUAAUAAAAUUGAUUAUUUGAAAUAAGUUCUCUGUGAGAACAUUUUCAUUCUUAGACAAUUUUAUUAUGGGGUUCAGUUUUUCCAGUGACUCUUUUUCCAACUAUGCCAGAAGACCCUUACCCCCUUCCGCGGAGGGUGCUAAUUUUUUUUAAAAGAUGAUUCCCGGUGGAAUCAUCGAGUGGUCCAACUCACUUGUUGGUUGGUCCAAUUCACUUGUUGGUUGGGACCAACUCAAUGAUCCCACCGGGAAGCAUUGCCCUUAUAGGGCUACUCAGGGUAAAGCCCUAUAUAUAAAGCUUAUAGUAAUUUUUUUUCUUCGAAAUUUAAAAAAAUCCAUAUUCGAAAUAACUUAAAGCGAAUAUUCAUUUAAUUGUAAAAUUUUAUGUUUUAAAAUGCAAGUUAUUUAAAAUUAAAUAGAAUUAGUUAGAGAUUUAAUUAUAAUAAAUAUUAUGUAUAUAUCAAAAUAAUUUUUCUUAAAAAAUAAUUUUGUUAACCUACGGAGGGUGGGUUUUUUAGGCCAAAAAAUAGGGAUUUUUUCCAAUUUUUUUUGUUCACUAAUGGAGGGGAGGAGUUAGCAAAGGCUAGAACGGCUGGCUCUUGGGUUUUAGGAGGGUUUAGGGUUUCUAGUAUUUUACAUCCCAGAGAAUGGAGACCUUAUGUAGAGUAUGUGCAGGAGUCAAGCACAGAGAAGCAACGUGGCCGAUAGGUUUGGUUACCUGGCGGCUGAUAAUGUUAUAUGAGUGCUCUCUAGUUUAUCGAUCAAAAGAACCAGAUUUUAAGUUUGCUUUCAAAAGGAGGUUGCAAUUGCACCGCUUUGCAGAAAUCAAACAUCAAUUUAACAUAAUUAAGUAAAUAUUGCAAAACGCAGCAAAUGAUAAGGAAAUAAAAAUCAGAGAAAAAUCGUUGAAUGAGAAAUUAUUAUAUGAUAAAAUUAAUGAGUUGGCAGAAAAAGAAAGGGUUUCCAUGGAUAUAAUAGAAUCAUUGAAAAAGCAAAAACAGGAAGUAAAUGAAGAUUACCAUAUUAAGUUUAUCGAGCUUGAAAGAGAGCUUAUUACUGAAAAAUCCGAAAAAGCUUCAUUAAUUUUAAGAUUAAAUGAUAAAGACCAAAGAAUCGAAGAAAUCUUAAAAGAUAAAGCCGAAACUAUUAAAAUACUUGAAGAGGAGCAUCAUGAAGUAUUGGAUAGGUUAAAAUAUGAAAAUGAUAGGAAAGUUAAUCAGAUGAUCACGCAAACGGAAGAAGCUUUAAAUGAACUGCAAAAUGAACGGGAACUGCUUGCAGCUAAAUUGAAAUUUUUGAAAAAUAAUACAAUAAAUGAAUUGACAAAAGCAAAUACCGCAAAAGAGAUCCAAGGAUACUUACUUCAAUAAUAUUCAGCAGCAAAAUCUAUAUUUGAUUUCAUAUAUUAGGACAAUUAAUUAAAUUUUUAUUCAGAUAAAAAUAUAUUUAGAUAAGACUAAAUUAAUUCUGGAAUACUAUUGGUAGGCUUCAUUUUAUCUUUGAAGAGUUAGAAGAAAUUGCAAAAUUAAAAGAGAAGCUUGAACAAAAGGAAAGGGAUAACAUAGAUCUAAUUAAAUCAAAUAAAGAAUUAAAGCAGUGCUGGAAAGAGUCAGCUAAAUUGCUGAAACAUGUUUGGAGAGAGCUUGGGAUUGAAACUCAAAAACUUGAAACCGCAACCCAACGAAGAAGAGCCGGAAUAAGCAUCCUGCAAUAA